UUGGACACGAACUUGAAGCUUGUUUUGCUCGCGGCCGCAUUAUUCUUCUUCAUUCCUCUGCCAAUUCCACCACGGACAGCGUCUUGAAGCCAAUUGAGCGCGCAAACGGCCAAAAAUGUCUAUCCCUAUGAACCGCCUGGGCGGCCGCGCCUUCAGCCACGCCGACAACGACGACGACGAUACGGAGCGCGAGUACGACCGCCUCCGCGACCUCGCCCGCGAGGAAGCCAACAAACGCAACCAGGCCUUUGAGCGCUCUCAACAAGCCUACCAGUCGGGCGAUGGCGCGGCCGCCAAGGAGCUCUCCAACGAGGGCAAGCGCCACGCGCAAAAGAUGGAGGACUACAACCGCCAGGCGUCCGAGUUUAUCUUCCGGGAGAACAACGCCGCCGGCCGCGUGACGGGCAGCUGCGUCGACCUGCACGGGCAGUACGUCGAGGAGGCGGAGCGUAUCCUCGAGGAGCGUAUCCGCGCCGACCGGGCGCGGGGCCAGGAACACUUGCACGCCAUCGUCGGCAAGGGAAACCACUCGACGGGCCACGUGCAAAAGCUGAAGCCGAGGAUCGAGGCCAUUUGCCGCGAGAUGGGGCUCAAGUACUCGACCGAGGAGAACGCCGGCCGAAUCUACAUCAACCUCCAGGGCGGCGAUGCGACGAUGCCGCCGCCGCCUCACACUGGCGGUGGACAGCAGCACCACGGAGGCGGCCAGCAGCAACAUCAUGGUGGCCAGCAACAGCACCAUGGCGGUCAGAACCAGCAGCACGGCGGGCAGAUCCACGGUGGACAACAGCAGCACCACGGCGGCCAGAACCAGCAGCAAAACCAGGACGAGACUGGCGACUUGGUCGUCAAGAUUCUCAAGAAGUUGGAGAAGGCUUGCUGUAUCGUCAUGUAAGGGGGGGUUUGGUCUCUGUUGUGGCCUUCUCCGCUUGCUCCCCCCUUUAUGGCUUUCGGCUGCCGGGACGCAUCAUUGUAUGCGGCCCGGCCUUUUUUUGAACCUUGGAUACCCAGCGGACUCAACGUGAAAUGGUAAUGUCUUCUUUUCUUCUGAACCUAUGUAUAUAUAGGCUUGAUGCCUUGGCGAGACGUCACUGGACUCGGUCGCUUUGGGAUUGGAUAUAGGGCGACGUAGGUUUUGUCCACGUCAGGAUAAUUUUAACACAUCAUUUAAGAAUUUCUUCA